ACAAAAAUUCUUUCUUUUCGGCUUACCGGUUUGUUACCUGCAAAAGCAUGAUUGUCAAACAGCCCAUCCUAUUGUUCAUAUCGAUCUUUCUGCUUUCAUCAAUCAUCACAACUCGAUCAUCCAAGUAUUGUGAUCGAUCAUGUGGUGACAAGUCUGUCCCUUUCCCAUUUGGAUUCUCUGCCGACUGUCAAAUCCCUCUAAAUUGCAGCUCAAAUAACCAGCAGCUGAUUGCCGGUUUUCCGAUCUUGACAAUAAACGCUGAUCGUAUAAAGAUAAGUGUAGAAGCCACUUGCGACCGUCCGCUUGAAGCUCUUCAUCGUCUCUAUGGCCCCGGUUAUGCCCCAUCAUCCAGGAACGCAAUUCUGUUGCAAAACUGCAGCUUGCCGAAGCCAUGCAUGAUUCCAACAACGACCGUUUACACUCAUUUUGAGGCCAUCGGUUGCUCUUCGAAUGACAGCAGUAUAAGUUGCUAUUCAGAGAACAAAACUAAUAAUGGUUUCGUUGAUUACGAUAAGGUGACUCGAACCAAUUGCAAGUCCUUUCUUUCGUCCAUAUCAGCUGAAUCUUUCGAUGAAUCUGGUGUCCUGGAGGUCCAGGUGGUUGAACUAGGGUGGUGGCUUCAAGGACGGUGCCCGGAUUAUUGUUCUGGAAAUGCCUUCUGUGAUGAAAUUGUUCCUCCGUUAAAUGGGCGUCCGGGAUUCCGCUGCAGGUGCAAAAACGGGUUCAUCGGCGAUGGAUAUCUCGCCGGCCAUGGUUGCCGGAAAGAUUGCAACACUGCAAGAUACAUUUCAGGAAAAUGUGGAGGAAAGAUUGGACUGGCUCUUCGGAUUGGAGGCAUUGCACUUGGAGCAUUUUUGAUGAUCUGUGCAGUGCUAGUAUGCUGCUUUAUGAAGAGACAAUCCGAGUCAAAAGACCGACAUAGCACGAAACGCUUCCUAUUGGAAGCUUCAGACAUCAGCAUCCCCAUUUAUACAUACAAAGCAAUAGAGAAAGCUACAAAUGGUUUCUCAGAGAAACAAAGGCUUGGAACUGGGGCCUUUGGAACAGUGUAUGCAGGGAAACUCCAUAACAAUUCAUGGGUUGCUAUUAAAAGGAUCAAGCAUAGAGACACUGAUUGCAUUGAACAAGUCAUGAAUGAGAUCAAGCUAAUUUCAUCUGUCAGUCACCAAAAUCUAGUGCGCCUCUUGGGAUGCUCCAUAGAAAAUGGUGAACAAAUACUUGUGUACGAGUUUAUGCCCAAUGGAACAUUAUACCAGCAUUUACAAAGAGAGAGGGGUGAUGGACUUCCCUGGCCGGUUCGCCUCACGAUUGCUGCUGAAACUGCACAAGCCAUUGCUCAUCUGCACUCGGUUAUAGAUCCCCCAAUAUACCACAGAGACAUCAAGUCAAGCAACAUUCUCCUAGAUUACAAUUUCAGGUCCAAAUUAGCAGAUUUUGGUCUUUCUAGACUUGGAGUUACCGAAAUAUCACACAUCUCAACAGCCCCUCAAGGAACACCAGGUUAUCUUGAUCCUCAGUACCAUCAGAACUUCCAUCUUUCAGACAAAAGCGAUGUUUAUAGUUUUGGGGUAGUUCUCAUCGAGAUCAUAACAGCAAAAAAAGUGGUGGACUUUUCUAGGCCUCCAAAUGAAGUUAAUUUGUCUUCUGUUGCCACUGACAGAAUCGGCAAUGGUCGUUUAGAUGAGAUCAUAGACCCAUUCCUAGAGCCAAAUAGUGAUUCUUGGACGUUAUCUUCAAUCCACAAGGUGGCAGAGCUGGCUUUUAGAUGCUUAUCAUUCCAGAGGGACAUGAGACCAACAAUGAUGGAAGUAGCAUUGGAAUUGGAACAAAUCAGACCAAGUAGAUGUGCUCCUACAGAAGAAAUCACAUGUGCAACUUCAUCAGAAGUAUCUCCUUGCUCCUCCUCAUCCAAUCUAAGUGAGCAGCCACUUAGCAUGGCUGUAAAUAACAAGGAUGGACCGGAAAAUAGAGGCCUAUUCAUGCUUGAGAUGAGCAGCGUUGGUUGUAUGAACUUGAUCGAAAAACUGAAGGAUAAUUCUCCUGUAUCAACCAAGGACUCAUGGUUGAGUGAACAAAGCUCGCCUUCAACGAGCAGUUUGCUGAAUAAUGUAACCCAUUAACCAUAAGUCACUCUUUCUUCGGAUUUCAACGUCAGCUUAAGCCUGUUAAUACUUAGUUCCAUCAAUGCAGUACCAAAGUUUUGUCCCUCUGCAUUGUUUGCAAGAGUCCCUAGUGUAUGUAUAUGUCUGUAGACACUGCUGAAACUUCUCUCUUGGUUGUCUUUCUCUCGCUGAAUGUAUCAUAAAAAUGUUGUUCGAGCUUGUGGACACGAGAAUCGAGUGACGGAUAAAAAGAGCAUAGCUACAAGAAACAUGCACAUAUUUUAUUGU